CUCUUGCCUCCUUCUGUUUUUACUAUGACUAAUUUGGUGAAAAACAGGAAGUGCUACUGUGACAGUGGCAUUAUCUGUGGCUAAGAAGUGAACUUCUGAAAAUGGCAGACUCUGGGUCCCUUACACACAGCUCACUUGUACAAACACUCCCGUCGGGUGGACCCCGUCCCAGCAGGAACCAUUAUCUCCUUGGCUCUGACAUCAGAAGGGACUCAAGAGCUGCUGUAUUCCCAGGACUGGGGACAGGCUGCUUAGCCAUCCUACAGGUCCCAGAGGAUAGUGAGCAUAGCAUGUAGGGGUUCCCUGCAGCCCACUGGGGAUGGUAUGCUGCCCUUCUCAUUUCUGCUGAGGUCCUGUCUUCCCUCUGCCAUAAGGAGUCUACCAAAGGCAGCGAACAUCAGAAACACAUCCAGCAUGAGAGAAGGACUGCAACCGGCUAGCGUGGUGGUCCUACCCAGAUCCCUAGCACCGGCCUUUGAGAGCUUCUGCCGGGCCAAUCACGGUCCUCUGCCCCUGCUGGGAUGCAGUGAGCCCCGGAAGGUGCUGCCUCGCCUGAGCACUGUCCCAGACAUAAGGACCAUCUCUCCACAGUUCCAAAAAUACGAGUUUGGUGCCUGCACAGGCGUCCUGGCCUCGUUGGAAGAGUACUCAGAGCAGCUGGAGGACAUGAUGGCCUUCAUCAUGGACUGUAGCUUCUCCAUAGAAGAGGCCUUGGAGCAGGCAGGGAUCCCCAGAAGAGAUCCAGCAGGUCCCAGCCAUUCAGGAGCAUACAAGACAACGGUGCCAUGUGCUGCCAUUGCUGGCUUUUGCUGCCCUCUGGUGGUCACAAUGAGACCCAUUCCCAAGGACAAGCUGGAAAGGCUACUGCAAGCCACUCACUUCCUGGGAGGACAGCAAGGACAACCCAUCCACAUCGGCAACCCAGAACUUUUGGGAAUCAAGGCCCUUUCCAAACCUGACUAUGGGAAUUAUGUGGAGUGUCUGCCUGAGGAUGUUCCAGUAUUCUGGCCUUCAGAGCUGACCAGUCUGGAAGCCGUCAGAAACUGCAAGGCUCCCCUGGCUUUCACCAGCACUCCAGGCAGCACCGUGAUGAUCCCGAAGGACACUGUAUCUCCAGCCGGUUGUCUGACUCCUGAGAUGGUUCCAGAAAUCCAUGCCAUUUCCAAAGACCCUUUGCAUUACAGCAUAGUGUCAGCCGCUGCUGUUCAAAAGAUCAGAAAGCUGGAGUCCAUAAUCGCCAUAGACCCAGGUAACCGGGGGAUUGGGCACCUGCUACGUAAAGAUGAGCUUCUGCGAGCUGCUCUGUCGCUGUCUCAUGCCCACUCAGUACUAGUCACCACUGGAUUCCCUACACAUUUCAAUCACGAGCCCCCAGAGGAGACAGAUGGCCCACCGGGAGCAAUUGCUUUAGCUGCCUUCCUGCAGGCUCUGGGGAAGGAGACCUCCAUGGUGGUAGAUCAGAGAGCCUUGAACUUGCACACAAAGCUUAUUGAAGAUGCUGUUAAGCAAGGUGUUCUGGAGACACCAAUCCCCACAUUAACUUACCAAGGUGGGUCAGUGGAAGAUGCUCGGGCAUUUUUGUGCAAAGAUGGGGACCCCAAGUCUCCUAGAUUCGACCAUCUAGUGGCCAUAGAGCGUGCAGGAAGGGCUGCCGAUGGCAAUUACUACAACGCAAGGAAGAUGAGCAUCAAGCACUUAGUUGACCCCAUUGACGACAUUUUCCUUGCUGCACAGAAGAUUCCUGGAAUCUCAUCGACUGGAGUGGGUGAUGGAGGAAACGAGCUAGGGAUGGGCAAGGUCAAGGAGACCGUGAAGAGGUACAUAAGAAAUGGAGAUGUUAUCGCCUGUGACGUGGAAGCUGACUUUGCUGUCAUUGCUGGUGUUUCUAACUGGGGAGGCUAUGCCCUGGCCUGUGCACUAUACAUUCUGAACACAUGUGACAUCCACAAGCGUUACCUCAGGAGGGCAAUCGGGCCUUCCAGGGUAGCUGGGGAGCAGAGCUGGACUCAGGCCCUGCCAUCUGUUGCUAAGGAAGAAAGAAUGCUGGCCAUCCUGGUGCAGAACCAAGUCCGCAGCGGAGUCUCCGGCAAGGUUGGCAUGGAAGUAGAUGGGCUGCCUUUCUAUGGUGUUCAUGACGAGAUAGUCCAGAAGCUGGUGGAUGCCACCACAGGGCACAUGUGACAAGUGUGUUGUGUGCAAAGUCCCUACCCAAUGACCAGCCUGUGUCCAGGCAAGAGGUCCAGAGGCAUUGAUUGCUCUAACUACCCUUCAUCCUGGCUUCUUCAGGCCGCCCUUGUGGUCUGCUCUGUUGUUUUUCUUUCUUUCUUUUCUUUUUUCUUUUUUCUUUUUAGCUGUUGCUGGCUUUUAAGCUACAGCUAUCCUACUCAGCAACUGCAGCUCCUCAGCUACGGCAAUGGCGAGGUGGCUAGGCUGGAAGGCUGCAGGAGCUGAAGCCUGAGGGAAUUCUGUUCUCUCUGGCAUGACUCUUUCAAAACUACUAAGGAAACUUACUAAAUCUCUGUCCCGCUAAAGAACUCAGGAUUCUAGCUCACCUCCUCACAUCUCCCAAGAAGCUCUCCUGCUUUUUCUCGCCCUCCUUAUAAGCCGCCUCCGCCUGGCUCCUCCCUACAACUUCUUGUCAGCUACUUGCUGACGGCAGCCUCCUGACCACAGGUGAACUUUAUUUAAUCAAACACAUCUUUGCAUCAUUAAACAAAUGUUCCAGAGCAUAAGCAAAAGUAACACCCCUUAAAAUAAUAAUUCUACAACACUGUUAUGAGAAUCUUUCUGCCUGCUACUUAAGAAAUGAUGUAUGAACAGUUAACUGUAAGGCAGAGCGUAAGAAUAGGCAUUGUCACGACCUGUGCCAAAUAAAGGCUAGAGUGCCCACACAUGGAAUGUUGGGCUAAAGCCCUGGGGGUUUGUACUCACUGAAACCAACAGAACACUUAUGCCUUUGAAAUGUGUUCUUUUUCUAAUAGUAUUCCAUUUAUUGUUUGAAAGGGUCUCCCACAAGGUCCCUCCAGGCGUCAUACCCAUAGUCCCUCACCUCUAUUCACCCCGAUGUUUCUUACACACCUGUCCCAUCUGCUUACUCCUACCCAUAGCCAGAUUCUUUGCCCUCUUUGUGUGAGAAGGAAGCCAUAUUUGCCUAUAGAGCCCAGGGGUGAGCUAGACCUGCCCAGGGCUCAGGCAGAUGACCUCAUCCUGGUCUUGCACCACCUCCAACUUCACAUUUCUCCGCAAACUCAGAAACUGAGCCACUGGCCAUACCCGUUAUACACUUAGUCCUGACAUCAGGGUGACAUCUUGUGUCGGGUAUGGUUCUUUAAGGGACAUUCAUUCAUUGCAAAGAAGGAACCCAUGGUGCAGAUUUUACACUCCAAUAAAGCCUA